UAUUUAUUCAAUAUUUUUGAAAAUAAUUUUAGUUUCCUCAAAUAUUUAAAAGUGGCAACUGUUCAUACAAAAUGAAAUUUCACCCCAAAGUGAUCAAUCAACUAGAUGCCAAUAGUAUCACAUCACACGAUUAAUUCCAUCACUUAUAUACCUAUGUGGAAUCGAGAGGACUAACAGUUUGGAGUCUAAACAAUUUGGGUGCCUCAAUAUUAAUAAAACAAAGACGAUAAUGCGAAGAAAAGUGCAUGAUCGUUAAAAGUUUUUAAUAAAAAAGUGCAAUCCUGAAAAUUUGGCUGUGAAAUAGAAAAAAAAGUAAUUGAAAAUAAUUAAAAAAAAAAAAAAAAAUUAUAAAAAUAUAGUGAAGAAAGUGGAAGAGUGCCUAUUAUUGCAUAAUGAUGACACGACGCGCCAAUAAAAGUGCACAAAAACGUUCCAUGUGCGCUCCUCGUGGUGUGGUCGUCGGUACCAUAGGAGGUUUCGUGAAUUAUGAUUAAUUAAAAGCGACACCAUCAACAGCAGCACCAGCAGACAAGUUCAGUACGGAGCCUCAAUUAAUUGGAGGCCCAUCGCGCUAUCUACCUACACAGCCUAAAGGAAAAACUGAGAAAACUGGAGCGGAGAAAGAAUGGGGGGCUGCGGAGUAUUUUGGUCUCAGCUGCGUGCGAUGCUGAUCAGAAAUGUUCUUCUUAAGAAAAGGGAUAAACGAAAGACAAUUGCGGAGGUCUUUCUGCCCCUUUACAUCCUGGGGAUUUUGAUUGUGGUUAAGGUAUUAAUUCCUAAUCCGAACUAUCCAGCAAUGACAACUCAAAGGCAGGAAGGGGAUGUUUUCGAGUUCUUUGAUAUCAACAAAACCAUCGCAGUUGUUCCUAAUUCAAAUGAAACUCAAACGUUUUUAAAUUCCAUGAAUACCUUAUGGAUGAGCACGUGGGAAUAUCGAAAACUUCCUUUAAGUUUUAUGACGUACGACACAAAGGAUGAUCUACAAGCAGCUUAUUGGAGAGAUCCUGCCAGUGUACCAAUAGCAGUUAUUUUCGAAAAUCCCUCACCGAUAUCACAAAAUUUAUCAUAUGAAAUAAGAAUAAAUCCUACGUAUACAAUGCCCCCAUCUCCCGCAGAAAAGCAUUCAUCACCCGUUACGUGUCGAAAAAAUUUCAGUCAUUGGAUGGGUGGACUUUUGUCAAUAGAAACUGGCAGAAAUUGCCCGGCAAAUAAUUACUUCACCUCAGGAUUUAUGGCCUUGCAGAUGAUCAUGGACAUUACGAAAAUUAGAUUAGACACGAAGAAUAAUGAAAUAACAGUGCCUGGUAUAAAAUUAGAAAUGUUUCCAAAGGAAGCUUUCACUGCAGACUGGAUGCUUGCUUUUAGGGUGGUAAUUCCACUCUAUAUGGUAGUUGCUCUGUCUCAAUUUAUCACCUACCUCCUAAUUCUAAUAGUCGGCGAGAAGGAAAAUAAAAUCAAGGAGGGUAUGAAAAUCAUGGGAUUAAAGGAUUCUGUUUUUUGGUUAUCGUGGUUUAUCAUCUAUGCAAUAUUCGUUCUGUUGCUCUCAGCGGUGGCAGUUGUGCUACUUUUUACACUACAAAUGUUUCAGCAUACGCAUUUCCUACCGAUAUUCUUGCUCGUGGUACUUUACAGUUUCUCGGUGAUCAUGAUUGCUUUUAUGAUAACGCCCUUCUUCGACAAGUCUCGUACCGCAGGUGUUCUGGGAAAUUUCGCCGUUACUAUACUCAGUCUUGUGUACUUCAUUCAAGUAUUCGUCGAUGAUUCCAGCUCAAUAGCUUUCUGGGUAGUUUCCCUCUUAAGUCCCACAUGUGUCGCUUUAGCAAUGGAUAAGGCCCUUGUGCUGGAUCUUCAAGGCGAGGGUGUAAAUUUCGACAAUCUGUGGUCGGGUCCAGGAAUUCCAUUCGGUGGCAGCAUUGUAAUGCUGACUUUAGAUAUUUUCCUCUAUGGAUUAUUGGCAUAUUACCUCGACUCUGUUAUUCCAAGUGAAUACGGCAUCAAAAGACCCGCCUGGUUUUGUUUCGUUCCCGGCUUCUGGUGUCGAAAAAAGCCUCAAAGGGUACCCACAUCAAAUGGCGAAUCGAAUUCCUUUAUCCCAGGAGAAGAGACAAAUCGAGACGUAGAGCCAGUGGUGCGAGAAAUGAAGGGUCGUGAAGCAAUAAGGAUAGUCGACUUGUAUAAAUCGUAUCACAAAUGUCGAAGACCAGAAACGAAAGCUGUCAAUGGCAUCAAUUUAACGAUUUAUGAAGGACAGAUUACUGCUAUUUUAGGGCACAACGGAGCAGGGAAAACUACAUUAUUCAAUAUUUUAACAGGACUCACAGCCCCAACAGCAGGGACGGCAUUUAUUUUUGGUUACGAUGUUAGGGAUUCUAAUGAUAUGCACAUGAUUAGAAGCAUGACAGGGGUCUGUCCACAACAUGACAUCUUAUUUGAUCUCCUAACACCAAGAGAACAUCUUGAGUUCUUUGCUGCCGUCAGAGGAAUUCCAAGGUCCAUGAUAGAGCCAGAGGUAAAAAAAACCCUAAAGGACAUCGAUCUAAUCGAAAAGGCCGACACAUUCGCAAAAUACUUGAGCGGUGGUCAAAAACGAAAAUUAUCGGUUGGAAUUGCAAUAAUCGGCGAUCCAAAAAUAAUAAUCCUAGAUGAACCCACAGCAGGAGUUGAUCCCUAUUCACGAAGACAAAUGUGGUCCUUCUUACAGUCGAGAAGACACGGAAAAGUUAUUUUGCUCACAACACAUUUUAUGGAUGAGGCCGAUAUAUUGGCCGAUAGGAAAGCCGUCAUUAGUAAAGGAAAAUUGAGAUGCUGUGGAAGCUCUCUGUUUCUCAAAAACAAAUUUGGAAUUGGCUAUCACUUAACUCUCGUUCUAGAAGGAAACACUAGAGAAAAUGCAAUAACUCGUCUCGUAACGUCUCACGUCUCAAAAGCAGAAAAAGCAAGACGACACGGCCGGGAAUUGAGUUUUAUUUUACCGCACAAUUCAGUGGAAAAUUUUGCACCACUUUUUUCAGCCAUUGAGCAGGAAAUCAAAACGAGAACUGCACGAUUGGGUAUCAGUAGUUAUGGCGUUUCAAUGACAACAUUAGAGGAAGUUUUUCUACAUUUAGAAAAAGAUGAGGAAACCGAAUGUACAAUGGAUAAUUUAUCAAAGAAAAUGGUUCGAAAUCGAGCAUUAAGUCGUUCGUUAUCGUUACAAUCAAAGAGUACGUCUUAUCAAAGUUUACAAAAUGAAGGUGCAACUGUACAAGCCGAUGGACAAGUGAAAGGAGCCAGUGAAAUGCAGGAUGGUGUAAACGAGAAAAACCCCGCGAUACUUGGCCUUGGUCUGGACCCCAUUAAAAUCCGGCCUAACUGUCUCCAAACUCUCUACGCAAUGUUGCGAUUACGAGUUUUAAGAUUGUUACGGAAUAUUCAACUUCUUUAUUUUAUGAUUGUUGCUCCACUUGCCCUCGUCGCUCUUGGAUUGUACGUAAACAGUAUUCAGAAAGUUGACAUGGGAAUACAGAGUCUGCCACUCAACAAUGACACGUAUAGAGACGAAAUGAGAAUUCUCUUCUCCAAUCAAAGCAAUCACGAUAUUUCCCCAUUAUUAAAUCAAAUCAGACAAGACGUGAAUUAUAUGGAAGAAUUUAAGGGAAAGUACGCCGAUCUUCUUGAUAUGGCACCACACAUGGCUGUUUUAAAUAUUAAUUCAGUGGACAAUGAGCACUUGAAUUUGACAAUUACCUACAAUGAUACAAUGCAACAUUCCCUACCGGUUCUUGCAAAUAUUAUCUCAAAUUCUUAUCUAAGACUUUUGAAGAAAACAGACGAUGUAGAUCCAAUUAACGUUACAAGUCGACCAUUUCAACAAACAUCACAACCCCUGGAAUUUAAUAUCGGUGUCGCUAGUUCGGCAGUUUUGAUCGGAAUGGAUUUUGUAUUAGUACCAAUUACUCUAGCAGUGGACAUGGUGUACGAUCGAGAGAUAAAAGCAAAGAAUCAACUCCGCGUGAAUGGUCUCUCGUUUACGAUGUACUUUAUCACGUAUUUUAUCGUCUUGGUUGGAUUGAUGAGCAUCAUUUGCCUCUGUAUACUCGGAAUUAUAUUCCUCUUUGAUGUUCCAUCACUUCAGGAAAUUCCUGCACUUCUCACUCUCGGAAGUUUACUCAUGCUUUAUUGUCCAUCGUCAAUAUUAUUUUCCACAUGUUUAAGUUAUAUUUUCGACAAAAUGGAUUCAGCUCAAAGUAUUUUGCCGAAUAUUGCAACAUUUUUUGGACUCAUACCAUUUGUGCUUGUCAUGAUUUUAGACAUGUUGGGACUUGGUGGAACUGCAGCAUUUGCCCUUCAUGUAGUUUUUUCCCUGUUAAAUACAAUGUACGUUCCGUAUGCGGCUGUGUAUUAUGUGGAUCGAGUCCACCUAAUGUGCUCAAUAAACACGGCUUGUCAACAUUUGACAUUAUCCGAUUAUUUAACGAGUGAAAUAAUUAUCAUGGGUGUCGGAGUUAUUCUUCAUUGUCCAGUUUGGUUCUUUGUUCUACUACUACUAGAUAUCAAAAAGAGUGGUGGCAACAUAAGUGAUUUAUUUAAAUACUUCACGAGAAAUGGUGGUUCAAUUGGGGAGGAAAUUAUGGAGAAUCCUGAUAUUGGAGAACACGAAGAUACGGACGUGAAAAAUGAGAGACAGAGAGUUUUUAAUUUAAUCACCUCUUCGGCUGUUCAAGACCCUCCUGUUGUUUUAGUUCAAAAUUUAAGAAAAGAGUACCAACGGGAAGUGGGAGUUUGCAAUUGUUGCACAAAACGUGAACAACAAGCAGCACCUGCAUCCAAAUUGGCGGUGAGAAAUUUAUCAUUGGCCGUCGAGCCAGGUGAAGUUUUCGGUUUAUUGGGUCACAAUGGAGCGGGAAAAACGACAACAAUGAAAAUAAUAAUCGCGGAAGAAGCAGCGACCCGAGGAAAAGUUCAAAUUAGCGGAGUGAAUAUCAAUUCCAACAUGAAUGAAGCUUUUCGAAAAAUGGGUUACUGUCCUCAACAUGAUGCUCAAUGGAAAAAUAUCACAGUCAGGGAACAUUUAGAAUGUUACGCUGCUAUUCGCGGUGUUCCCUGGGUCGAAAUCAAUAGAAUUGUAGAUUUAUAUUUAUCCGGUCUACAAAUUUACGAACAUGCCGAUAAACAAACUCAGGAAUGUUCGGGAGGAACGAGACGAAAACUCAGUUUUGCAAUGGCAAUGGUAGGAGGACCAAAAGUUGUUCUUAUGGAUGAGCCAAGCACUGGAAUGGAUCCAAGAUCAAAAAGGUUCCUCUGGGACACAAUUCUAGCUAGUUUUCAGGGUGGCAGAGGUGCAAUUUUAACGACCCACUCAAUGGAGGAAGCCGAUGCACUUUGUUCGCGAGUUGGAAUUAUGGUUAAAGGUGAACUGAGAUGUAUUGGUUCAACUCAACAUCUCAAAAAUCUCUAUGGAGCUGGUUAUACCUUGGAAAUAAAACUUUUGGGUGGUGAUUCAACUCCAACAACACCGUCUUGUGAUAGAAUAACAGGAUUAAAAGAAUUUGUUGCGGGAUUAUUUUCCGAUGCAACAGUAGAGGAAAGUUUUAUCGAUAGACUGGUAUUUUCUGUGCCCCAACAUGCGGUUCAUUCGCUGGCCGAAUGUUUUACGCAGUUGGAAAAAGCUAAAGUAGAAUUAGAUAUCGAGGAAUACAGUUUUAGUCAAACAACAUUGGAGCAAGUGUUCCUUAAGUUCUCUCACUACGAUGAUAUGAACGAAAAGGAAUGAUGACAAAAAAGUGUUUAACGCUUAAAAACAAAAAGUGAUAAAUGAUAAGUCCAUUCCAUGAAGCGAGUGAGAUUAUAUUUUCGAGAAACGCGCAAGUAUGAUAAGAAAACAAAAAAUUGAUCCAAGUCCCUGCAAGAAUGAUUGAACUUAUAUAACUGAAAAUUAAAAAAAUGAUUGAGUGGUUGUGGAAGAAACGAAAAUCACAGACAAUUUGAGAGCAAGUGUUUCAAGUGAUUUGAAAUUGGGAUUUAAAACUAGUGAAUGAUGCGAGAAUAUAAGGAGUGGUCAGGGACCAUUGUGGAAGUGUGUUCUUAUAUCGAUACUUUUCUUUUCGAGUCAUAUGUAUAAUUUUAUUCUCCUGCAAUUUUUGCCUUAAUCGCUUUUUAACAGAAAAAAAACAAUGCUUCCAUGAGGAAGCAAUUUUUCAAUUUUUAAAAUUCCCUCGUGUGAUUCUUUGAAGAAUACAAAAAAAUUGUGUUAAUGUUUUGAAAAUUAUGGAGAAACAAUCUCAUUUGUCAAAUUUUAUCGUGAAAGAAUGAAGCCAACAAAUUGUGAUUUUUGAAGGUAUUCCAAUGAAGGGUAUUCCUCUUUUGUAUUCAUUGUUAUAUUUGACAAAUUAUUGCAAAUGAAAAUUUGCAAAUAUUAAACAAAUGUCAACGUCCGAUAAGCCUUUGUUGGAAUACCAUGUUUUUUCAUCGAGAACUGAUAAUGGACCGUUUUUUUACGUCUUUUAUGAAAAUUAAUGCAAAAUAGAAAGCUAAUAAGAUGUUAAAACAUGUUAGUUAGAAACGAAAAAGCAAGUGAUUAUCGAUAAAUUCUCAUUUUUAAUUUAUCUCCUUCUCUAAAUUUGAAAAUGGCAAAAAAUAACGCAACCAUUUCAAAUUUGAAGAGCCAUUUCUAAAAUAAUUUACUAAUAAUAAAUUAAUUAUUGUAAUCAAUUAAUUAUAAUGCUUUAAAAUUUUAAUUUACCUUCGAGGCAAAUAUUUUUUGUCAUUAAUUUUUCUAUAUAGUUUAUUCUUAUAAACUAAAUUAUUACUGACAUUUUUAUUUUUCCAAAUAUUCAUUAUCUUCUUUUAAUUAUUAAUCACGAAACACGAAAAUAGUUUAUUUAUAAUAUAAUUAUUUCUAUUUAUAGAAACUUUUUUAGCAAUUUUACAUUUCAUAUUACUUUUUUAGAAAUUUUUUCACAAACUUGUAAAAUAAAUAAAUAAAUAAUCAAAAUUCAAAACAUAAGAAAUUAUAACAAGUACUUAAUUUCAUCGGUAGUAUGAAAAUUUAGUAAAAUAAAAAUGCAGUAAAUUAUUUAAUAAUUUAAUUUUAAGUUAAUUGAAAAUAAGGCAAAAUAAAAUAGUUGAUAAAAAUAAUCCUGAGUCUCACAAAAAGUGAAUUAAUUAUUAAGCAAUAUUAAUUAUCAUCGAAAUAGAGAAUUCGUUUUGUGAUAUUUAAACUUUUACUCGAUUGUACGUUCCACUUAUAAAAGAAAAACGAUCAGUAUUUUUUUACUUUUAAUUAAAAAUGUUUUUAAGAAAUUAUUUUUUAAAAUUCAACACUCUUUUGUAAUUUGGACACAAUUAUUUACUAUCGUAAAGUUGUUAAUAGAAACUUUAUCAAGUAACUAAAAUUAAUAAAGAUAUAAAAGGGAGAAAAAAAUGUGACGUUUCUUAUGAGAGUGCAAUCCUUUUAAAGUUUCACAAAAAAGUGAGAAUACUUUUUUUAAAAUAUUGAAUCUUUGUAAGAAACAAUAUUAUAUAAUAAACUAUAAAGUUACAAAAAAAAACAGAAAAAAGAAAAAAUAAUGUAAAACACAAUCGAAAAAUUUAGGUAAACGUGAGAUUGUAAUAAGAACGCGUGUAUAUCAUGUUUGUUUUUUUAGAGAGCUUUCGCAAAAGUCAAGUUCAUAAAAUUAAAUGAUUAAGGGAGUUUAGAAUUUAUCAUUAAUGUAGUGAAAAAAAAAAAAUUAUGUCGGACGAAAUGUCCAAGACAUGUGUACUGAAAUGAGAAAUACUCGUAUAUCAAAUAUUACUUCAUUUCACUUGUACAAAAUAGUAUAUAUCAAAUAAUACAUUUUUAGGGAUUUUUCUUAAUCUUGCUUAAUCUUAAGAGAACACCGGAUCAUAGAUUAUAGAAUGUUAAUCAUACCUGAGCAAUUGUAAGUAGGCUAAUUAAGCAAUGAACAUUCUAAAUUAUUAAUUAUUAAUUAUUAUAAUUUUCUUCCUCUAUGCGGGGAGUUAUUUUUAAUCUAAUCUCAUUAAUGGGAUGUGAUAACGAAUUUAUUCCGUUCUGUUUGAAAUUUUCAACACUUUUUUUAAUUUCAAGACAAGAAAAAAUGAAAUCACAGAAAAAAUUAUUAAUUAUAAUUAUAAUUAAAUAAAAAUAGAAUCAUUAUUUCUAUUAAUUAAAAGAAAAUGCUCUGUUGAAAUAUUUUUAACAGAACAGAAUUCUGAAUACGCUGAAGAGUUUAAUUUUAAGUCCUAAUGACUAAAAGAUAAAAAAAAAACUUUGUAAAUAACGAAACAUGAUUUUUUGCGAAAAAAAUUUUGAUUCUUAGGUGCGUGCACGAGAAAAAGAGAAAGAAUGUAAAAAAGUGUGAGAGUACAAUCGAAAGAAGAACAUUAAAUUCUUAGUCGAAUUCUAGACGAAAAAAAAUUGCUCCAAAAUUUUAAUAUGAAUUUAAAUUGAAUUUUAAUUAGGAUUAAGAUUUUACGAGUAAGAAAAUAAAAUUUGACUUUAAUUUGUAAAUUCAAUUUGAAUUUAAAUUAAAAUAAAUACUUUGAGCAAGACAAAAUCCAAGAGUAAAAAAUAUAAACUACUCUUUUACGAUUUUAUGCAAAAAUAAUGGCUAAUCGAUUUCAAAAAAUCUGCCACAGAGAAGUAGAAAAACUGGGAUCGAUUAGCACAAAAAAACGCAACUGCAAGGACUGAAUGAAAAAAAAAUUUUGUAGAUGAAAUUUUAGGUAGUGCAAUUUGAAAAAAAAAACUUUUUGUCACAAUGGGAUUUUCUUUUUGUAAAUACAAUGUUACUCGAAUAAAAAAAAAUCAUAAUGUAUUGAAUAUAAAAAUAUCAGACGCAGGUGCGUAUUAUUCGCAUUUACAGGGAUUUUUAUGCCCUUUUAGUGAUUAAAAAUUAAUAUAAAAAAAUUUAGUCAAUUAUGAAAAAGAUCAUUAAAAAAACAAUUGUUACUAGUUUUUGCGCGACUUUAUCAAAAUUUAAAAACAAUGGUUUUCUUUUCUAUACAAAAAAAUUAAAUUGCGCUUUCAGCAAUUUUUAUUCUUUCUCAUUUAUAAAAACUAUCACUGCAUUAAUUUCUAUAUACAUAAUAUAUAUAAAUAUAAAUAAUCUGCAAGCAAUACAAAAUUUUUAUUUCUAAUAUUAUGCUUAAUGAAUAAAAUUGUUUUCACUAUUUAUUGGAUGGUGAAUAUCAAAUUGAGAGAAAAUGUUGCCUCAGUUUCCUUGCUGUUUCAUAAAAAAAAGAAAGUCUACAUUGGAGACUUUCAAAAGCAAUUUUUCUACAUACAAAAAAAAAUUACAACUUUUAAUCUAUACAUGUAUAAUAUAUAUUUUAAAAAAUUGUUACUCCCAAAAAGAAAUUGUAAACUGUAAAAUAGUGAAUACGUAUUAACGCAAAAAAAUGUGUUCAACUUAAAAUUACGUUUUCAAAACGUAAAAACUGAUGAAAUAAUAGCGCUUUAUGUGAUAAUUCGUAUUCGCUGGAACUUACUAAAAAUAUUUAUUAUAUAAUUUUGAUAAUUUUAAGUAGAUUUUUUAAAAAGAAAACAUGAAAAGGAACCACGAAAUCAUUUUUAUCAGUAAAAUACUAUUCAUCUGCAAAAACAAUUUCUAGUGAUUCGCAUUGAUAUAUACACAUAUACACAAAAUAAUGAAAAAAACGAAGAAAAGUAAAAAAAAAAUGAAAAAAAACGAAGGAACAAAGGAAACUGAUAUCGGCAUGUAUAUUUAUUGUGUAAAAUGAAUGUAAUGAAGUGUUUGACAGAAGCUUUUUCACUAAUAAAAAUUAGUGAGACAUUGAAUAUAACUUGACUUUUUAUUGUUUCAAUUUUUAAAUGAAUAAAAACCAUUAUUUGGAAA